AUGAAAUGGCCUGAGGGGACCAACUUCGUUCCUCGUGUUGGUCUGAUUGCCUGCUCCAGCAGCCUCUCUUUCGCCAGCUGCCUUCGUGCGCUGCCCUGCCCGGUGGAGGAACGGCUUCUGACGGUUGGCUUCACCACGAUUUUCGAGUACCUUUUCCUGCUGCGGGAGGCGUGCCAAGCGCUGUCUUCGGCAGGACCGUCCGGUCUCAUCCUCCUCGCGGCGGCCGUCUCGGAUUUCUACGUGCCCGAGAAGGAGAUGUCCCGUGAGAAGAUUCAGAGCCGGGCACACGACGGGCUCACUGUGCAGCUGCGGAACGUGCCAAAGAUGCUGGGCGCAGUUCGCGAGUGGGCUCCCAAUGCCUUUGUGCUCUCCUUCAAGCUCGAGACGAAUCCCAACAUCCUCCUGGCCAAAGCUGCUGGGGCUCUAAAGAAGUACAAGGUCGAUGCUGUGUGCUCAAACGUGCUACACACCAUUCGCGACUGGGUCACCAUCGUGGAGGCGGAUCCAGCCGCCAUGGGUAUCGACAUCGCUGCAGCAGAGAUUGGUGGCGAGGAGACUUCUGAGAUCGAGGUCAAAGGAGUGCGCAGUUACCGACUACCUCGCGGAGAUGCGAAGAGUGUUGAU